UUGCAACUUCAACUAUUGGUCCUUCACACCAUCUCUCUACUUUCUCUCUCUAUAUAGCUCCAUUUUCUUCAACCCAUUCAAUCGCGUGCCGACUUUUUCAAGCCCUGCCCUAUUUCGCUCCCCGUUCUUGCUUUGACCCGUAUUACCCAUUUCGAGUAUAAAACAACCCAAAUAGCCUUCUCAUCUGUUUCACACCCCCUCGUAUAUCCACCUAUCUUCUACUACAUCACAACCAACCCUCAGAAACGGUUCAAAACCCUAGUUUCGGAUGAAAUUCUCAUUCUGUAACAUCACAACUGAACAUGUCCAACAUACCCACUUCUCUCUCUGAAGUCUGUCUCACUCUGUUUCGCUUAGCCAUGUCCACCGCCGAUCCUUGGCCUUUCUCUUGAAACCCACCUUUCUGAAACAACCAGAUUCAGCAAAUUUCACUCUCUUUUCUCUCUCUCCUUUCUCUCUCAUAAAUCAAACCCAAAAUGAGAAAGUUCCGGGGAUUCAAUAUCAAGAAACGGGUCUUCAAGUUUUUCCGGCGAAACAGGUCGCCGGCGGGGUACAUCCGGCUAGACCCACCUUGCAGCUUCAAACCCAUAUCGAGACUUUUCAGCUGUAUUAAAACCAAAGCCAGGUCUCUCUGUUCCAUGAAAUCGUGUCGGUUAACGAAUCCGGGUUAUGCUCAUCUGGGUCAGGACCCGAUUGAUCGAGAGAAGGCUGUGGCGGUGCCGAAGGGUCAUUUGGCGGUGUAUGUGGGUCAGAAAGACGGCGACUUUCAUAGGUUUUUGGUCCCGGUGAUUUACUUCAAUCACCCACUUUUUGGGGAGCUGUUGAGGGAGGCUGAGGAUGAGUAUGGGUUUAACCACCCGGGUGGGAUUACUAUCCCUUGUCGGAUCUCCGAGUUCGAGAGCGUUCAGACCCAGAUCGCCGCCGGUCACGGUGGCCGGAAGUUGCUGACGAGGAAGAGGCAUUACUGAGUCUGAUGGUUGAUUAUGAUGAUGACGAAAAAAAAAUUAUGAUUAGUGUUGGUGAACCAAUCGUGUUUAGCAUUUUAUUUAGAUAGUCUUUUAUAUAUAUAUAUAUUUAUUUACUUCAUAGAUGUCAUACAAUUUUAGUUGUAAAUUUAUAGAAGAUCUAUUUUUUCAUCA